UAUGUGCUGUCAUGCUACUUCACCAACUGGGCCCAAUAUAGGCCUGGCCUGGGAAGUUUCAUGCCAGCCAUUGACCCGUGCCUGUGCACUCACCUGCUAUAAGCCUUUGCUGGGAUGUCCAACAAUAAGAUCACAAUUUAUGAAUGGAACGACGGGGCCCUUUACAAAUCCUUCAACGGCUUGAAGAACCAGUUGUCCACAAUGGUUUCCACUCCUGAGAACCGCCAGACCUUCAUCAAGUCCGUCAUCAAAUUCCUGCGCCAGUAUCAAUUUGAUGGGCUGGACAUUGACUGGGAAUACCCUGGGUCCAGGGGCAGCCCACCCCAGGACAAGACUCUCUUUACCAUCCUGGUUAAGGAAAUGCCUGCAGCCUUUGAGCAGGAAGCCACACAGGUCAACGAGCCCCGUCUCAUGAUCACCGCUGCUGUUGCUGCAGGACUUUCCAGCAUUCAGGCUGGCUACCAGAUUCCUGAGCUUGGAAAGUACUCGGACUACAUCCAUGUGAUGACUUACGACUUCCAUGGCUCCUGGGAUAGAAACACUGGGGACAACAGCCCUCUGUACGAAGGCCCUGCUGACACUGGUGACUACAUCUACUUCAAUGCUGAAUAUGCUAUGAAUUAUUGGAAGAGCAAUGGUGCCCUAGCUGAGAAACUAGUUGUUGGAUUCCCAACGUACGAAAAUACCUUCACACUGCAAAACCCGUCUGACAAUGGUCUCGGUGCACCAGCAUCGGGACCUGGUCCAGCUGGACACAGGAGGCCAGGACACUGGCUUACUUAUCUAAUGUGUCCAAAUCUGCACUCUCUUGAAUUCGGGACCACCCAGGUUUGGGAUGCCCCCCGGGAUGUGCCCUAUGCCUACAAGGGCAACGAAUGGGUUGGCUAUGACACCACCAAGAGCUUCAACAUCGAGGUUGACUGGCUGAAGAUGAACAGUUUUAGAGGUGCUAUGGUUUGGGCCCUUGAUCUGGAUGACUUCACUGGCACUUUCUGCAAAGAAGGUAAAUAUCCCCUGAUCACCACUCUGAAGAAUGGUCUUGGUCUGCAAAAUGGCGACUGUGUGCCUCCAACUCAGCCCAGUCCUCCAGUCAGUGAAGCUCCCUGUACUACAGGUGGAAGUGGGAGUGGAAGCGGGGGCUCUGGUGUUAGCGACUUUGGUGCUGGCAAGGCCAACGGCAUCUGUGCAGAUCCAACCAAUAAGAGCAUCUUCUACAACCGCAUUAAUGGUGAAACCUUUGUGCGGAGCUGCGAUGACAGUCUCGUCUUUGAUACCAGCUGCUCCUGCUGCAACUGGCCAUGA